GAGAGAGAGAGAGAAUGAGUUGGCACACACACUCCUUUUUAACUUUUGCCUUCUUUCUCGGAGCUCUAAUCAUCCCCAAUUCAUUGAAGCUGAUGGCUGCAUUCAACUCACUUUGAAUUCUCCGUGAAUUUGAAGUUAGGGUUUUGUUAGAUAUGGAGGGUAAUCUGUCAUCAUCGGGGGUUUCGGGAGGGAGUUUUGAUUUGCAAAGAGUUCAUCAUCAACAAGGAUCCAUGAUGCUUCCUUGUGUUCAUGAGAAUUUCCCCUUUCGAAUAGGAUCCGGAACGAUUCAAGAUUCUAAUCGAACCGUUUCGUUAGCUGCCGAGUUUGGUAAAGGCGAAACGAGAGCGAUGAGUGGUGAGGACGACCCGAGCUUUACGGAAGAAGACGGAGCGAAGAAUGUUAACAUGCACUUCGCCUCACCGUGGCAACGAGUGAAAUGGAACGACCAGAUGGUGAGGCUUUUGAUCACUGCGGUUUCUUACAUAGGUGAAGAUGCUGAGUACGGAUCGCGACGAAAGUUUUCGAAUUUACAAAAGAAAGGGAAGUGGAAGUCGGUUUCGAAAGUUAUGGCGGAACGGGGUCAUUUUGUUUCGCCGCAGCAGUGUGAAGAUAAGUUUAAUGAUUUAAACAAACGGUAUAAACGGCUUAAUGAAAUUCUCGGAAGGGGUACGUCUUGUGAGGUUGUGGAAAACCCGUCGCUUCUUGAUUUGAUGGAUCAUGUUCCGGAGAAACUGAAAGAAGAAGUUAGGAAGAUUUUAAGCUCUAAACAUUUGCAUUAUGAAGAAAUGUGUUCGUAUCAUAACGGGAAUCGUUUACACCUUCCUCCGGAUCCUGAACUACAGCAUUCGUUAAGAUUAGCUCUUAGAGCUCGAAAUGAUCAUGAGAUAAACGAUGGACGACACGAGGAUCCGGACGAUGAUGACGAUCAAGAUCCAUAUGUGGAUCUUGAUCAUGAUGAAUACGAUGAAUACCACCGUCAUUAUCAUCAUGGUGUCAAUUUGGGUCAAAGAACAGCAUGUGGAGUUGGUGAAGGAUCUUCAAAGAGGGUAAAACAAAAUGAAGAUUCUCUGGUGAAAAACGUGCAGAUGGACAUGGAUCAAGAAGGUGUGAAAUCGAAUCUUUUGCAGGAUCAAUGGCUGAACAACCGUUUAUUACAACUAGAAGAACAGAAGGUACAUCUUCAAGCACAAAUGUUGGAGUUAGAGAAGGAACGGUUUAAAUGGCAAAGGUUUCGCCGUAAAAAAGAUACGGAAUUGGAGAUGAUGAGAAUCGAUAACGAGAGGAUGAAGAUGGAAAACGAUCAAAUGCUGUUGGAAUUGAAGCGUAAGGCGAUGUCUGCAGAUCUUAAUCAAUAAGGUCCGCCUAAAAUAUUAAAAUAAAAUCCGGUUUUGGUUAGCAGCUCUUUGUGUUAUUCGAGUAUGAAAGCGUCAUAUGUUAAUUACUGAUUAGUGACUGCACUCUGUACCGUUUUGUGAUGUCUUGUUGUCGGAUGUACUUGAGUUUUUUUUUUUU